AUGUUCGGUGUAGAUUGGUGGGGCCUGGUGCUGCCCUUCUCCUAUGUGGGCGUGCUGGGAGGCGCCCUCAUGACAUUCUCUACCAUCUAUCGCAAGCGGAAAGCUGCCCAGAGCGCAAACCUAGAACCGUGGUUCGGUCCACAUCUCCAGCGGAACAUCUACCUUUCUCUCCUCCAUAUCGAGCCCGAGAAUGCCUCAGAGAAGAGCCCCAAGAUCCCCGACAGCAUCUUGAGGGCAGCCCUAUUGCGCCGCGCUGUCGAGGACAUCCAUCGCAUCGUUCAGAUCCGUGCGGCGAAGGCAGCAUGCAGCACGCUUCUGCAGAGGGGGAGCGUGGGUGACGACCUAUGGCAGCGGUUCAGCCGCGCGGAGAAGGAGAUGGAGGAGGAGCUGAGAGACGUGGUUAUGGAGGCCAAUGCCCUCGCACCGAACUGGGGCCAGACCAUCUUCCAGUCGGCCAACGAGAUUGCGGCCAACACCGUGCUCAGGAAGCGGCUCGAUGACAUCCAGGCCCAGGCCGAGUCGGAGAAGGAGUGGUGGGAGAAGCGCCGCUCCACGAUCCAACAAGACUUCAUGAAGGAGCUUGACCAAAGUGAAAAGGGGGCAUCGAGUGUUGCGAGCGAGGACGAGCCCAUCCUGGUCGAUGGAGAUACUCCUUCGGCAACUCCUUCGGGAUCUAAGAAGAAGAAGGGCAAGAAAUGA